AUGGCAGUUGAAAUUGAAAAGCAAGAUCCUUCACUUCAAUUAGAAUUAUGUGAGUUACUAACAGAUCCAUUUUUAUCUGCAAAAGAAAUUGAUGUGUCAUUUUGGAAAUUAUUACCAUUUGAAAAAUAUCCAAUUCUAAGAGAUUUCGCAUUAAAAAUGUUAUCUAUGUUUGGAACCACAUACAUAUGCGAAUGUACAUUUUCGAACAUGAAACAUAUUAAAUCGAAGGAAAGAAAUCGUUUAACAGAUGAAACCUUGGGACAUUUACUAAGAGUUUCAACUACAGAAAUAGAAGUGGAUUUUACUAAACUGUCUAUUGAAACACCUCAUCCUCAAGUAUCACAUUAA